UAACUCGAAAGGGGAAAAAAUCGCAACACGAAACGAAACUCCCCACCGCACCACACCACAUCCGCGUUUAGGGUUUCCGCCUCCCGAACCUUCCGGCCGCCGCCGCCGCCGCCGCCGCCGCCAUGGGCUCCGGUGACGACGAGCGCUCCUCCAAGCACCAACACCGUGACAAGGACAAGGAUCGGGACCGCUCCUCCUCCCGCCACCACCGCGACAAGGACCGCGAGCGCUCGUCCCGCCACCACCGGGAUGACACGGACGGCGACCGGGACAGGGAGCGGGAGCACCGCCACAGGGAGAAGGAGCGGGAUCGCGAGGAGCGGAAGGCGCGGGAGCGGGAGGAGCGGGGGAGGGAGAAGGAGAAGGAGAGGGAGAAGGAGAGGGCGAGGGAGGAGCGGGAGCGGGAGAAGGAGAGGGAGAAGGAGAGGGCGAGGGAGGAGCGGGAGCGGGAGAAGGAGAGGGAGAAGGAGAGGGCGAGGGAGGAGCGGGAGCGGGAGAAGGAGAAGGAGCGGGCGCGGCGGCGCGAGGAGCGGGACAGGGAGAGAUCGAGGCGGCGGGAGGCGGACGAGGAAGAGGACGAGGACCGGGACCGCAAGCGCCGCCGCCGGUCCUCGCACCACCACCACCGCGACGCGGAGCCGGAGGAACCCGCGCCCAGGGAGGAGGUGGACGAUGAGGAGGCGGAGCGGCGGCGGCAGCGGAAGAAGGAGGAGGACAUGGAGGCCGAGCAGCAGCGGCUCGACGACGAGAUGGAGCGCCGCCGCCGCCGCGUCAAGGAGUGGCAGGAGAAGCGCCGCGAGCAGCAGCAGGACGGCAUCGCUGCCAGUUCUUCUGGUGCUACUGGUGCGGCGGCUGAGGCUGACGGUGGCCACAAGGCAGGGAAGAAGUGGACCUUGGAUGGCGAGGAGUCUGACGAGGAGGGGGAUAAGGAGGAUGGCAAUAAGUCGGAGGAGAAUGGUGGCGCUGGUGACAUGGAUGUUGAUCUGCCAAAUGGGGCUAGUGAUGCCAACAUCAGUGCUGGUAUGGAGGAGGACGAGAUUGAUCCGCUUGAUGCGUUCAUGAACUCCAUGGUGCUACCAGAAGUUGCGAAGCUGGAGAGUACUGUGGCAGCAAUGGAUAGUGUGCCUGCUGCUAGUACUGAUGAGAAGAACAAUAAGAGCGCAAAGGAUGUCACGAGUAAUGGGGAUAAGAAAGGGCCAAAGAGGGCGAUGGGGAGAAUUAUGCAAGGGGAUGACUCAGAUUCGGAUUACAACGAUGCUGAUGAUGAGGCUGGAGUCGAGGAUGAAGAUGAUGAGGAGUUCAUGAAGCGUGUCAAGAAGACAAAGGCUGAGAAGCUGGCUAUUGUCGAUCAUUCCAAGAUUGACUACCAGCCGUUCCGGAAGAAUUUCUACAUUGAGGUGAAGGACAUUACAAAGAUGACAUCGGAGGAAGUGGUAGCCUACAGGAAGGAGCUGGAGCUCAAGGUGCAUGGGAAAGACGUGCCGAAGCCAAUUAAGACAUGGGUACAGAGUGGGCUGACAAGCAAGCUCCUUGACACUAUCAAGAAGCUUGGUUUUGAGAAACCGAUGCCUAUACAGACACAAGCAUUGCCAAUCAUAAUGAGUGGACGUGAUUGUAUAGGAAUUGCAAAGACUGGAUCUGGCAAGACUCUAGCGUUUGUCCUUCCGAUGCUGAGACACGUCAAAGACCAGCCACCUGUUGUUCCUGGAGAUGGCCCUAUUGGGCUCAUUAUGGCUCCUACCAGAGAGCUUGUGGUGCAGAUACAUUCAGAUGUGAAGAAGUUCUCUAAGGUGCUUGGCAUCAAUUGUGUUGCUAUUUACGGAGGUUCUGGUGUUGCCCAGCAGAUUAGUGAACUGAAGAGGGGUGCUGAAAUUGUCGUUUGUACACCAGGCAGGAUGAUCGAUAUCCUUUGCACUAGCAGUGGGAAGAUUACUAACCUUCGGAGAGUGACGUUCUUGGUGAUGGAUGAAGCUGAUAGGAUGUUUGACAUGGGUUUUGAGCCUCAGAUUACCCGGAUAGUUCAGAACACCCGGCCAGAUAGGCAGACUGUACUUUUCUCUGCCACUUUUCCACGGCAGGUGGAGGUACUGGCGCGUAAAGUGCUCAUUAAGCCUGUCGAGAUUCAGGUAGGUGGAAGGAGUGUCGUGAACAAAGAUAUCGCACAACUGGUUGAGGUGCGACCAGAAAGUGAGAGGUUCUUCAGACUAUUAGAGUUGCUCGGUGAGUGGUUUGUUAAGGGGAAAAUCCUUGUUUUUGUCCACUCACAAGAUAAGUGUGAUUCGCUACUCAAAGACUUGUUCCAGCAUGGAUAUCCAUGCCUAUCGCUACAUGGUGGUAAAGAUCAGACUGACCGUGAAUCAACCAUUGCUGAUUUCAAGAGCAAUGUCUGCAGCUUGCUGAUCGCUACUAGCGUUGCUGCUAGGGGUUUAGAUGUUAAAGAACUCGAGCUGGUUGUCAAUUAUGAUGUCCCGAACCAUUAUGAGGACUAUGUUCAUCGUGUUGGGCGAACGGGCCGUGCUGGUAGAAAGGGAUGUGCUGUGACUUUUAUUUCUGAGGAAGAGGAGCGGUAUACACCGGACCUUGUUAAGGCUCUGGAGCUCUCUGAACAGGCUGUUCCAGAGGACCUGAAAUCCCUUGCUGAUAGGUUUAUGGCGAAGGUGAAGCAGGGAACAGAGCAGGCCCAUGGUACAGGUUAUGGUGGAAGUGGUUUCAAGUUCAACGAGGAAGAGGAUGAAGCACGAAAGACCGCAAAAAAGGCUCAGGCAAGGGAAUAUGGAUAUGAGGAGGACAAGUCAGAUUCAGAUUCUGAUGAGGAAGGAGGGGUACGUAAGGCUGGAGGUGACCUUGCAGCUCAAGCUAUUGCUAAUGCUCAAGCAGCUGCUGCUUUGGUUGCAAACAAGGCUGCUAAUAAUGCUAACCAGCAAAUAACUGGAACUGCACCUGGCCCCUUGCUUCCUAUACUAGUUGCAUCUAACCAACAAAAUGACGAGGCCACAGCUCGUGCACUUCAGGCUGCAAUGAACUUACAACGAAAUCUGGCGAAGAUACAUGCCAAUGCAGUUCCAGAACACUAUGAGGCUGAACUUGAGAUUAAUGAUUUCCCACAAAAUGCUCGCUGGAAGAUCACUCACAAAGAGACAUUGGCUCCUAUUCAGGAAUUUACUGGAGCUGCUAUCACUACAAGAGGAACAUAUAUUCCUCAAGGAAAAAUUGUUGGUGCGAAUGAACGCAAGCUGUACCUGUUUAUUGAGGGUCCCACAGAGGGUUCUGUGAAGAAAGCGAAAGCAGAAUUGAAACGCGUCCUUGAGGAUUGUGCUAACCAGGCUCUGAAUCUUCCUGGAUCUGCUCAAACCGGAAAAUACUCUGUUAUUUGAGUGGCAGAGCAGAUAAUGAAAUGCCUGAGUGUCAAAGGAAUUUUCUUGAGAAGCUUAUAAUGGUUUGCACACCACAACGCCGUCGCUUGAUUGCUACUUCCAAAAUUCAAAUUGUCUCCAGCUACACAAUUAAUUUUUUAACCUAAGUCUUAAUAAGGCAGCUAAUGGUUACUUAAUGCCACAUGGUUAUUACGGAUUGUCUAAUGCCAUUGUUGAAUUGGGGUGUUUCAACAAUUCCUACUGACUAGUUUUGGUUGCCUUUGGACAGAAGGCUUAGAACACUGGCGGUGGCUGGCCGGUUAGUGCUGUAAUGCGAAGGAAGGCCCUCAGCUUUCUGGUGCGGUAUUAAAAGUGCUGGUGUACGUAUUGAUUUGCCUGUUCGGAAGCUGAGAAGCAAUAGUUUCUCUGUUGGUUUGGUUCUAUUUACCCUUAAUUACUUGUGUGCUCUGAUUCUAGCCUCCUUUUGUAUUUAAAAAGGUGCCGUGAUGUUUUUGUUUUGGUCUUCAGAUGCACUGUUAUUGUUGCAAGCAGAGGAUCAGCGUACAGUUGUUUGUGAGGUGCCGCUGCUGGUGUCGGCUGAGGAGGCUGGACUACUGGUUGUGAUUCCUUUUUUGUGACAUUGUCCUUCAUGUGGAUCCCAUCUUUUCUUUCUAAAUAUAGGUGCUUCCUAAAGAAAAAAAAAACCCGUUGGUAAUACUUGGCGUACUUGCCUGAGUUUGUGGAACUUGGAUGGUACGGAGCCGAUAUUGCCUUUUAUCAUGGCAUAUGAUGUGCUGGUGGUCAUGAUAAGAAUAGAUUUGUCAAAAUGCCAUGCUUGAAUCUUAAUGAGUGAUGGCAGUAGCGUUUUCUAUGAUCCAGACCCAUCAGCACAUGAUCUGGCUAGCUUAAGCUCGAGGAGUAAUGGUUUUUCCUCUCUAGAUCUUUCAGAAAUUUCUGUUUGCUCUGUUGCUCCUGGUAUUCUUCUGAACUGUGCUGAUGAACAGGCCAAGGACAGAAGCCCAGAAGGAUGUUGCACAAAUGGUAGUGGAGUCAGGUGGUUUUCGCAGCCUGGAGCCUGAUUGCAUCCGAAGUUCAAUCGUUGUGUUGCCAUGCUCCGCCAACUGCCGAGGACCUCACGGUGUCCUCGAAUCCGGUAUUGGGCUGGGAUCAUUCAGUUCUUCUCCCUUCUGUCUUUGCAUUCUUGUGCUCUCGAGAACACAAGAACAUGAUCUUUGUCCAAUCUGUCAUCCUUCAUCUCCAUCUGCCCUUCCUCACUGUUGGCCAUCAUCCCCUUCCAUUGCUCCCGCGGUGAUGCUGCCAUUGCCACUGUCGUGCUCCGGUCUUUUGAUCCUGACCUGGAGCUCAUGGCGACUCAUUUGACCUUCUUUACAUUGCAUGUUGGUGACGAGUUCUGUACAUCUUGCAGAAGGACAUGACAUGUGAAUGCUAUUUCGUAUCAGUGCAUCUUAAGCGGCCCUUGAGAGGCUUAAGAUAUCAUUGCAGGGAAGAGUAGGUUCAUGACUCUGUUGCAUUUUGUGCCAAGCGAGAUAACUGUGUUCACGAUACUGUAAAGACGACUCGGGUACAAAUUAGAUACAAAUAUAGACCCUAUAAUUAUAUGUCGA